CUUACAUUAUACCCCUCCAAUCCAAUCCAAUCCAAACCUAAUGCCUAUGACUGGGGAUUGUGGAACUUUAGCCCGUUAGGUACCUACUUAGAUACUUUCCACCCAGCAUUUAAAAGCUGCGCCUUGUUAAUUGAACGUCGCAAAUGAUACUACUAUGUAGACAGAAACCACCAUGACCGACUGGCGAAGCGACUAUCUCGAUUCCCUGCAGGAAGCAGAGCGGAAUAACCCGGUGAACAAGGACCUCGUCCAAGCUUGCUCCCAACUUGCCGAUCGUGUAGCCGCUCUCGAGGCCGAGAAGGCCGUGUGGAAAGCAUCAGGUAAACAGCAGCAAUCGCCGGAAAAGCCGGCGUCAGGCAAAGCUACCGCCGCGACCGAGACAACGACAAAUUCGGACCCGAGCGUCGCACAGCUGAGGCUAGAUCUCGCCGAGGCGCUAAGAUCAAAGGGCCAGCUGCAGAGUAGGCUCAAGACCGCCGAAGACGAGUUGCAGAAACUGCGGACAAAGACUAAAGUCGACACGAAGCGGAUCAGCGACUUGACGAUCGAGAGAAAUGCUAUUGCGGCGAAGCUAGGAGACCGCAACGAAGAGCUAGUUGGGAAAAAUAAAAUGUUGAAGGUAUGGGCCAAUGGUAGACUAGGCAGACACACCACACUGUGCCGCUGCUAAUACGUAGUUGUAGGAUAUCCAGGAUGAGAACCUGACUCUUAACAUUCAGCUGGACGUCACCGAGCAGAAGGCGGCAAAGCUCACUGCUGAGAACAAGGACCUGGUAAAGAGGUGGAUGGAAAGGAUGAAAUACGAGGCUGAUGCUAUGAAUAUGGAAAAUGAGGCACCGAGCGGUAAGAGCCGGAGGUGACGCUCCAGCAUGAUUGAAAAGUAUCGGCUCACUAUAUUGUAACGCUGCACUCUAUUUAUGAAGCUUAGCCUAGACCUGUAUAGU